GCAAACGUCGGCGAAUUUUAAUAUAAAAAAGACGUCAAUGUUGAUUAUAUUAAUUUUAAUUUUAAGUAUUUUACAUAUUAAUUAAAAAAUGGUCAAGUAUUAGAUGUCGAUUCAAAUUAAUAGAAGCUUCAGAAGACACAACAUCUCUACAGAUAUUGCUUCUUAAAACAAAAAAUUAAAAAUAUAAAAACAAAAAAUGCAUUUGUCGAACAUGUUAUCUAUUACCAUGAUUAUACUGGUCAUUAUUUGUUAUCAAAUCAUUCCAGUAUCUCUUUCUGCAACAAAAAUGACAAAUUCUGAAAAAGAGAAACUCAAAUUGAAGACACUUGAAAUGUUUGAUCAUGCCUAUGGGUCCUACAAGAAAUAUGCUUUUCCUGCUGAUGAAUUAAUGCCAUUGAGUUGUAAAGGAAGAUAUCGAGGAACUGAGGGUGAUCGUGGUGAUAUUGAUGAAGCAUUAGGAAAUUUUUCACUAACAUUGAUUGAUACAUUAGAUACACUUGCAGUUCUCGGUAGGAUUGAUGAGUUUGAGGAACAAGUUCGAUUUGUUAUUCAAAAUGUGUCAUUUAAUACAGAUGUUGUGGUUUCUGUUUUUGAAACUAAUAUUAGGGUACUUGGUGGUCUACUUGGUGCUCAUUUUAUGUCUAUUGAAAUAAAAAUGUCUGGAAAAGGUAUGCUUUGGUAUCAAAAUGAGCUACUGAGUAAGGCUGUAGAUAUUGGAGAUAGAUUACUCGCUGCAUUCAAUACAACCACAGGAAUACCAUAUCCAAAAGUUAACUUAAAGUAUGGGGUCAACACUCCUUAUUCUCGAGUAGGACAUGAGACAGACACUUGUACUGCAUGUGCUGGAACUAUGAUUAUGGAGUUUGGAGCAUUAAGUAGACUUACUGGUAAUCAAAUAUAUGAGGACAAGGCUCAUAAAGCAAUGGAAGCGCUAUGGAUGUAUCGAAGUCGUCAUAGUGAUUUAGUUGGUACAACAAUUAACAUUCACAAUGGCAAUUGGAUAAGAAGAGACAGCGGAGUAGGAGCAGGAAUAGAUUCCUAUUAUGAGUACUGUUUAAAAGCAUAUAUUCUUUUGGGCGAUGAAACCUACUUGGAUAAAUUUAACAAGCACUAUGAAUCAAUAAAAAGAUACAUACAACGUGGUUCUAUGUUUAUUGAUGUAAUGAUGCAUCAACCUGAUCAACCUGUACGAUCACAUAUGGAUGCCCUACAAGCCUUCUGGCCUGGAUUACUUGUAUUAAAAGGUGAUUUACAAUCUGCUAUAGAAACUCAUGAAAUGUUAUAUUCAGUGGCAAAAAAGUUCAAGUUUUUACCAGAGGCAUUUACUUCAAACUUUGAUUUGCAUUGGGCGCAACAUCCACUGAGACCAGAAUUCAUCGAAAGCACUUAUUUUUUAUAUCAAGCAACAAAAGAUGAUUACUACUUGUAUGCAGGUCGCCACGUACUUGAGACACUUGAAGAGCAUGCAAGAGUACCAUGUGGUUUUGCUGCACUAACUGAUGUACGAACAUUUCGUCAUGAAGAUAAGAUGGAUUCCUUUGUUCUUGCAGAGACAUUUAAGUAUUUAUACUUAUUGUUUUCAACUGAAGCUGAACAUCUCAUUGACAUCCAUGAUUAUAUUUUCACAACUGAAGCACAUCUUUUACCGCUACAUCUUUCUUCAAUUCCAAAUGAUCGUCAACUUUCAUCAACCAAAAUGCCAUAUAAUCAUGAUCGAAAAGAAAAACCAAUUCAGGAAGAUACAUGUCCAAAUAUAGUUCAUUCCUACUUGAAUUUACGUUCAUUUGCAGAAAGUAUUAGAGAUAAUGUUAAAAAAAGUCCAUCAGACCAAUCUAUUAAAACAAGCUGUAAACCAAUACAACCAGAGAAUUCGUCACAGUCAACAGUCUCAUUUGUUUUUGACUUAGGAAAGGCAAAGUUGGCAUUUACAGGCCAAAGAAAACUUCGUGCAGAAGAAUUUCAAAUUGGUAAUGAAGAACAUGUGAAAAUAUUAAGACAGCUAGGAAUUUUAGUUGUCAGUAGUGAAAAUGGAAAAGUUCAACUAGUACAGCAAGCAGGAACAGCUGCUUCAGUGCAGGAUGCUCAAGAGGGGAUUGUGUUUAUGCAAGAAAUGAUACAACUAGCGAAAGAAAAAGGUGCAACUGCUGAUAUCCAACCAAGUGUUGUCCAAAUAUUAAAUGGCGGCAAAGUUGUAAAGCAGUUUAAUGCAGGAUCAGCUCAGUUUGGUGCUGAUCUUACUAAACUUAGCACAGGGGUGUCUGGAGAGGCAAUAGAAACUGAACCUUUCAGAGCAUGUAAAGAAAUACGAAACACUGAUCAGAUUACAAAUCGCAUUGCUGUUAUAGAGCGUUCUGAAUGUAUGUUUAUAGACAAGGUUCGACUUGCACAAUUGCAUGGAGCUAAAGCAGUUGUUAUAAUUGAUCAUGUAGAAGGCAGCACUUCUGCUAGUUCACAGUUGUUUGGAAUGAGUGGUGAUAGCAAUAGUAAUGAUGUUACUAUACCUUCUGUGUUUCUUUAUAAAAAAGAAGGUGAUGAAUUACGAUCAUUAAUGAAACAAUCAGAAAAUACUAAAAUUGAAAUUAAAAUUGCUCACAAAAAGUCAGACGAAAAAGACUUAUUGAAUACUUUCUCUAGUGAAGAAAUAAAUCAAAAUGCUGACAAGCCCAAUGAUGUUUCAUACAUGUCAGAAGUUUUUAAAAACAAUAUGAUUCCUAUAGGUGAUCCUACUGAAGUCAGUUCAACUGUUGAUGGAGUUUUGACUACGAUAACUACUAGAGACUUUAUGAAGUUUGAUUCCAAUAACAUUCUCAAAAAAAUAACAGAAACGACAGAAAAAAUAUGUCCCACUUUACAGUGUGAUGUUGGCGUACGUGUUCUUGUCAAAACUAAGGAAGAAGAUUACUUUGACUUUAAUAAAAUUUUAUCAAAAGAAACUGGGAUGGAAGUUGGUACUGAUCAAAAUCAAGAAAGAAAUUUAAAAGAUUUUAGUAAAAUUUUACACCAAACUUUAGGUGAUUUUAAAGACAAAAAAAUUAAGAACGAGUUUUUAGAUAAUGCCCUGGCUGAGCUUAAAAUGAUGGCUUCAGACGUACUUAGCAACAUUGAGAAGUUGAAAAAUGAAAUACUUCAUGACAUAAAGCCAGUUAAAGAAGGAAAUACCGAUAGCUCGAAAAUAUUAGAACAUGCAAAAGAUAAUGAUUUAAAUUCUCAUAUUGAAAAAAAACUGGCAGAGACUAAACUGGAGAGCGAUGAUGAGUUAACAAAGUUUCCUAGGACGAAAAAUGGUGAAAAUUAACUUUAGGCUACUAAAUUUUUCUGUUAUGGAGUCUUAUUUAUUUGCGUAGGUUUAUUUAUUGUUCUUUCUUACAAUACAAUAUCUACUGAUAUUUUCA